AUGCCGACAGAGAUGCCGCUGGGCCUCCCCUUCGUCGUCGACACAUGGGGCUCCUCCUCCCGCCGCCGGCGCCACCACCACUUCCUCACCCACGCGCACACGGACCACCUCGCCAACGCCCAGGCCUACCCCGGCGACACCAUCUACGCCACCAGACUCACCAUGCGGCUUGCUCUCCUACGCGUUCGCCAGGUUACUGCUCCUAGCUCCAUCUACCAGAUCGACAACUUUGAUCCCCUGGAGCGAGGGGUGUUUGUGGAGAUGGAGCUGGGAAAGAGGUUGGUGGUGCGCGACCCUGACGGCGACUUUUCUGUCACCGCCUACGAUGCCAACCAUUGCCCAGGAGCAGCUAUGUUUCUAUUUGAGGGUCCAUUCGGUAAGAUACUGCACACAGGGGACUGUCGGCUCACAUCAAAUUUUGUACAGAAUUUGCCACUGAAAGUGGAAGAAAAUAAUUGCCGUUUAGACAAUGUGUACCUUGACUGCACAUUUUCUGAAUUCCCCAUGUUUCCGAGCAAGGAGUUGGCAAUUCAGCAGGUUAUAGCUUGCAUACUGAAGCAUCCACAUGCACCUUUCGUUUAUCUUCACUGUGAAAGACUUGGGCAUGAAGAGAUCCUACUUGAGGUAUCAAGGGCAUUUGGAUCCAAAAUUUAUCUUGACAGAGGAUGGAAUUUGGAUUAUUUUGACACAUUGUCACUUACAGUCCCUGAAAUAAUCACUGUUGAUCCAACUUGUCGUUUCCAGAUAGUUGGACGGAACCAAUUCAAAGAGAUCAAAGAAACCAAGCUUGAAGAGAGAAGGGCUAGUCGUCAGCCAGAUUCUUUACUUAUCCGUCCUUCAACAAUGUGGUAUGCAAAUGCCCAUGGUCAAAACCAGAAACUGAGCCUAACAGAAGCCGAGCAGGAUGAUUCUGGGGUAUGGCAUAUUUGUUUCUCAAUCCACUCCUCUCGUGAUGAAUUAGAGCAAGCGCUGCAAAUUCUCCAGCCUCAGUGGGUCAUUUCAACAACUCCCCCAAACUUUGCCAAUGAACUGAAUUAUGUA